CGCGUACGUCUCUCCCGCUCCGUUUCUGGCAAGGAGUUUGAUGGUUAGUAGUUGUAGUCGUCUCAUCGGGGAGGCUACCCUGAAACUAUCCCGGGACGUAGGAGAUCUCAUUGAAGCUUUUUAACGCAACUUUUCGGAGUUAACUUGCAGUAAAGUUGGUUAUUUCUCCCUCGGACCGUCAACGAAAACCGCAAACAUGCCUGUCUUUCACACCAAGACGAUAGAAAGUAUCCUAGAGCCCGUAGCUCAGCAAAUUUCACAUCUGGUUAUCAUGCAUGAAGAGGGUGAAGUUGAUGGGAAAGCUAUACCGGAUUUGACCGCCCCUGUAGCCGCUGUCCAAGCCGCAGUGAGCAACCUAGUCCGGGUGGGGAAGGAGACCGUACAGACCACAGAUGACCAGAUUAUGAAAAGGGACAUGCCUCCUGCUUUUAUCAAAGUGGAGAAUGCAUGCACAAAGCUGGUCCAGGCGGCGUCCAUGCUCAAAGCCGACCCUUACUCUGUCCCCGCUCGAGAUUACCUCAUCGACGGCUCCAGGGGGAUCCUCUCUGGGACCUCUGACCUGCUCCUCACCUUUGACGAGGCAGAGGUUCGUAAAAUAAUCCGGGUGUGCAAAGGGAUCCUGGAGUACCUGACAGUGGCUGAAGUGGUGGAGACAAUAAACGACCUCAUCACAUACACAAAGAACCUAGGACCUGGGAUGACGAAGAUGGCGAAGAUGAUUGACGAGCGGCAGCAGGAGCUGACUCACCAGGAGCACAGAGUGAUGCUCAUAAACUCCAUGAACACAGUCAAAGAGCUGCUGCCCAUCCUCAUCUCAGGUAUUAAAAUCUUUGUGACGACGAAGACCUCUGGGAGCCAUGGAGUGGAGGAGGCGGAGAAGAACAGAAACUUCACCUUUGAGAAAAUGAGCGCCGAGAUAAACGAGAUCAUCAGAGUGCUCCAGCUCACCUCCUGGGACGAGGAUGCCUGGGCCAACAAGGACACAGAGGCGAUGAAGAGGGCGCUGGGGCUGAUUGAGUCCAAAAUGGGUCAGGCCAAAAACUGGCUGAGGGACCCCAACGCACCACCAGGAGACGCAGGGGAGCAGGCGGUACGUCAGAUCCUGGAUGAAGCUGGGAAAGUGGGAGAGCUCUGUGCAGGGAAAGAGAGGAGGGACAUCCUGGGAGCAGCCAAAGCCCUGGGGCAGCUGACUGACCAAGUGUCUGAGAUGAGAGCCAGAGGUCAGGGGGCGUCUCCCAUGGCGAUGCAGAAGGCUCAGCAGGUGUCUCACGGACUGGACGACCUCACGGGGAAAGUGGAGAACGCCGCUCGCAAACUGGAGGCCAUGACCAACGCCAAACAGGCCAUCGCGAAACUCAUCGACUCUGCACAGAGUUGGCUGGCAGAUCCUAACGGUAGCCCCGAGGGAGAAAAGACGAUAAAUGCUCUGCUGACCGAAGCCGCUAAAAUCGCUCAGAGAUGUGAAGACCCCAAAGACCGCGACGACAUCCUGCGCUCCAUACAAGAGAUCGCCGCCAUGACCGCCAAACUAUCGGACCUGCGCAAACAGGGUAAAGGGGACACACCAGAGGCCCGAGCUUUGGCCAAACAGAUCGCCACAGCUCUCCAGAACCUUCAGUCCAAAACCAACAAAGUGGUCUCCAACAGCCGCCCCGCCAAGGCCGCCGUGCACCUGGAGGGCAAGAUCGAGCAGGCCCAGCGCUGGAUAGACAACCCCAGCGUCGACGACAGCGGUGUGGGUCAGGCAGCGAUCCGUGGUCUGGUUGCAGAGGGGCGCAGGUUGGCGAACGCUCUGCCUGGGCCGUACAGACAGGAGCUGGUGGGGAAGUGCGAGCAGGUGGAGCAGCUCAUGGCUCAGCUCGCCGAACUGGCCGCGCGAGGAGAAGGGGACUCUCCUCAGGCCAGAGCCGUCGCACAACAACUGCAGGAGGCUCUCAAAGACCUCAAAGGGAAAAUGCAGGAGGCAAUGACCCAGGAAGUGUCAGACAUCUUCAGCGACACCACGACCCCCAUCAAACUGUUGGCUGUGGCGGCAACUGCCCCCGUGGACGCCCCCAACAGGGACGAGGUGUUCGAGGACAGAGCUGCAAACUUUGAGAACCACGCGAACAGACUGGGAGCCACAGCGGAGAAGGCGGCCGCUGUUGGGACGGCCAAUAAGAGCACAGUGGAGGGAAUCCAGGCAGCUGUCAAGUCCACCAGAGAUCUGACUCCACAGGUUGUGUCUGCAGCUCGUAUCCUGCUGAGGAACCCGGGGAACCAGGCGGCGUACGAGCACUUUGAGGCCAUGAAGAAUCAGUGGAUCGAUAAUGUGGAGAAAAUGACAGGUUUGGUGGACGAGGCCAUUGACACCAAGUCACUGCUGGACGCGUCUGAGGAGGCCAUCAAGAAGGACCUGGACAAAUGCCGCGUUGCCAUGGCGAACCACCAGCCUCAGAUGCUCGUCGCCGGGGCAACCAGCAUCGCGCGCCGUGCCAACCGCAUCCUUCUGGUUGCCAAGCGCGAGGUGGAAAACUCGGAGGACCCCAAAUUCAGAGAAGUGGUGGCAGCGGCGCGGGACGAGCUGAGUCAGACCAUCUCCCCCAUGGUGAUGGACGCCAAGGCUGUGGCCGGGAACAUCAAUGAUCCAAUGCUGCAGAAGGGCUUCCUGGACUCUGGGUAUAAGAUCCUUGGAGCUGUGGCCAAAGUCAGAGAAGCGUUCCAGCCUCAGGAGCCGGACUUCCCCCCUCCUCCUCCUCCAGAGAUCGAACAGCUCAGCCUGAAUGACGACCUGGCCCCCCCAAAGCCCCCCCUGCCCGAGGGUGAGGUGCCCCCCCCCAGACCCCCUCCCCCAGAGGAGAAGGACGAGGAGUUCCCCGAGCAGAAGGCCGGAGACAUGGUGAACGAGCCCAUGAUGGUGGCAGCCAGACAGCUCCACGAUGAGGCCCGCAAGUGGUCCAGUAAGGGUAACGACAUCAUUGGCGCGGCGAAGCGAAUGGCUCUGCUGAUGGCGGAGAUGUCUCGUCUGGUGCGUGGAGGCAGCGGAAACAAGCGCGCCCUGAUCCAGUGCGCCAAAGACAUCGCCAAAGCUUCGGAUGAGGUCACACGGCUCGCCAAAGAGGUCGCCAAGCAGUGCACUGACAAACGCAUACGCACCAACCUCCUACAGGUUUGCGAGCGUAUUCCCACCAUCAGCACACAGCUCAAAAUCCUGUCCACGGUCAAAGCCACCAUGUUGGGUCGGACCAACAUCAGUGAAGAGGAGUCAGAACAGGCCACAGAGAUGCUGGUGCACAACGCUCAGAACUUGAUGCAGUCUGUGAAGGAGACCGUGCGGGAGGCGGAGGCAGCUUCUAUCAAAAUCCGAACAGACGCCGGCUUCACUCUGCACUGGGUCCGAAAAACACCCUGGUACCAGUAAAACGAGCCCUCCCCUCACCCGUCCUGUCCUGUCCUGCGGGGGGCGCUGUGUGGACAGAUCUGUGCUUUAUCUAAUAAGAGUGACCUGUCGUAAAUGCUGUAAUUCACGACGGGACCGAGAGAGUAGAUUCGUACUGGGAACGUUUUCUAAAAAAGUGUGUAAAAAAUGUGUUUUAAAGCUUAUUUUGACAAUUCCCAGGAUAUAUAUAUUUUGCCUCGAUUUAAUGUCUAAAGACGGAAAGGAAAGGAAAGUAAGUUAAAUUUAGAAAGUUUUAAAAGAUCUUUGUACUGAGAAUUUUAUUGUAUCUAUUGUACACUAGGAGCACAGCAGUGGUAACAAGUAUUUAACAUUUAGCGCACACCUAGUAAUCCAAGAUAUCUUAAAGUUUACACAAAGAAUCACCAAUAAAGGCAUAAACACAUCUAUAUACAGGAAUGUAGCAACAACCUUAUUUUCAAUUGCCAAAGAGACAUAAAUGUACCUUCAAGUGUAGCAAUGCCUUGAUGGAAAAAUCUGUGUACAAUAGGGGUGUAACAAUAACCGAAAUAUCGUGAUAUCGUAACGUUAAAAGUCGUGGGCCAUCACAAUAUAUCGAAUUACAAGUCUGCUUAAAUUAAGAGUUAUGGUGCAGCAAUAAGACAGAGAGAACUACAUAGACCAUGAUCCUUUGCCCCAUUUCAGUGCAGACCACAAGAAGAAAUAAAAGUUCUAAGCACUUUUAAGUCUUAGUUCUUUGGAUUAAGUCUUGUCAAGGAAUUUUAAGAGGAAAAAGUUGCCUCCACAAAAUAUCAUAUCGAGAGAUUUGGAUAUUGUUACAUCCCUAAUCAUGAGCUUUCCCACGAUAUCGCAAUAAAUAUCGUACUGUGAGAUAUCGUAUCGUGAGACUUGGAUAUCGUUACACCCCUUGUGUACAAGUUUGACAAUUUUGCUUGAAUGUAGAUUUCGUUCAAAUCAUGCGGCUUUCAAUGCUAAAAAACUAAAACAAAAACUUCUUAACUGAAUUUACAUUGCUUACUUUGUACGACAAUUCACUGUGCCUAGGUUAGAUUAGACAUACACUACUACAUACUUUGUGUUUACCCCAUCCUUUAAUGCUCAAUUCAACUAAUUAAAGCCGCACUAUGUAACUUUUCUGGUGGAAGUUCUGUUGCCUUGAAUGUCCCACCUCAUGGCGUUAAACUGAUAUAAUUAUGGGUGUUUUUAUCGCGCAAAAACAAUGCGGUUUGUGGUUUGCGACCUGUAACUUCCUCGGUUGGUAUCACUUGCUUGUCUCCAGGGAGAUAGAGCAGUUUAAAGCCUUACUGUGGAACAUUCCAGGCAUAGUAAUAACAUUUCCAUAGAGAAUAGCGGAUGGCAAGUUGACCUCCAGAAAAAGUUACAUAAUGUAGCGUUCAAACCAUUUUGUUUUUCCUUUUAUUAUUGCUUUCUUACAAUCACAUGUAAGUCAAUAAGCCUUACUUUCAUUACCAAGAGUACCACCAACCAAUAAUAUGUUUAGUAACUUAAUAGAGUUAUAUAAUAUUUAGUGUUUUUCAUGCUUUGCUCGAGUGAGAUAACAUAUUUAAAGGGCCCAUUUUACGCUAUAAUGUUGUUUCCUUAUCAAAAACAUAAUAAUAAAACAACUCCAGGUAUGUUUUUGAUGAGAUAACAACAUUUUAAAAAGGCUUAAAGCUCACAAGAGUCACUUUUGCGUAAUACUUUAGGACCUUUAAAGGUAAUUUGUGGGAAUAAUCCUCUUCGUGUCGGCUUUCUACUUCUCACAGCACACUUGUCAGCAGUUUUGUUUUAAGAUACUGUAAAAAAAAAAGCACACUUCUUGUAGGUUGUUAAGGGAAUAGCUUACAGAUCAAGCACAGUGUCCUUUGUAACUUUAUUUUAAUACGUAAAAAGCAGCUGCGAUUUGUGGCUGUUCUAGUUUAUUUUUGAAUCUUUAAAUAGUGGUGUUUUGACUUUCUAAUACAAACUGUGCCUUCAAAAUGGACUUUAUUUCCAGCUUUUCUUUACAGGUGUUUUGUAUUACAGUGUUGACUUGUUUUACACUUGUUAUACAUGAUUUGAAUAACUCCAGCUUCUUGACUUCAACCGAGAAUCUAACUGAGCGCUAUGCAAACCUGAUUUUUAGUGAAAGAAAUAAUGCAAAAUUGAGUUGCAUUCACAUAGAGCUGUUUUGCUAUGACAAUAUUCACUUUUUGUAAUAAAGCAUUUUAUAGCACUCUGAA